UGGGGUGGAGGGUGUCAGUGUGGUGCAGGUGGUCUGUGUGGUGAGGCUCCGCUCACGAACCUCACAACCACUACUCGACUCAACCACUGGAUCAUCUCAACAUCUCCCACAACCAACGCACACUUUCUCAACCCAACAUAGGAUAUUAAUCGCCGUGCUAGCCAAGAUGAACUUCGGGUCCAGCAUGUUCUGCUACCACUGCCCACCCAGCCUGCAUCCUGGCUCCUCACCCAGGAUACCUACUCUGGAGUUCCCGUACUCUCCCGCACACCCAUACACCAGCUACAGCUACCACCCAGACCUGCACGAUGAAACCUUCGUCAGGAGGAAGCAGAGGCGCAACAGAACCACCUUCACUCUCCAGCAGGUAACUUACCCUCCAGCAGGUGGUAAGAUCAAAAUCCGGUGUAAACCUUUAGGAUGUGGUGGAACGGGAGAUUCGCAACAUGAACGUGCAGCUGUCAAAUCUGCAGCAACUGUACAUGAUGCUUUAAUAUCAACAUGGACCAGAAUCUCUAAGGUGUGGUUCCAGAACCGCCGAGCCAAGUGGAGGAAGAGCGAAAGACUCAAGGAAGACCAGAGGAAGCGAGAAGUGGUGGAUGGUGAUCCAAACGCCAACACUCAGACACAGGGUGACGGCUCAGAAGAUGCUGAAGGUACCGUCAACAGCAACUUGGAGGUGUCCUCACCAGCCUCACCACCCUCACCACAGUCUUCACGCCCACACACCCCCACCCACGACGACUACCCCGCCCAUUCUCCCCUUGGACACGCCCCCUCUCCUGAGCCAACCACACCUUCCGUGGAUGCUGACCAAUCAGCAUCCCCCUUAAGUUAUGACCACCCUCACUAUGACGAGAGAUCAGGAGGACAUGGCAUCAUAGGAGAGGGGCGUGACCUUGUAGGGUCAGGACGUGACCACUUAAGAGAAGGGCAUGGCCUGGCGGGUGAAGGGCGUGGCCUGGCCGGUGAAGGGCGUGGUCUCGCGGGUGAUGGGCGUGGUCUGGCGAGUGAGGGGCGUGGUCUGGCGAGUGAGGGGCGUGGUCUGGUGGUAGAUAAAGACGCCCUUGAGGAGGAACACGGACGAGAGACCACACCCACGCCGCCCACAAAGUCUUCCUCACCUAAACUGGACGAACGCCGCACUGAUGGACCUUCCUCGUCUCCUGGCCCCGCCUCCCUCAGUGACGUCACUUCUACGUCACACCUCUCUCCACCACUCAUACGCCCUCCUGUCUCCAUAAACAGCGCGGUGGGCGGGGCCAUGGGAGGUACAACUUUCACGCCACAUUUAUUCCCAUCGCUUAUAGACAGUAGGUUCCGGCCCCUGAUCGAGCGUUCCCCUGGUCUCUUCUUCCCACCUCACCUGCCAAGUCCACUGGCCUCCCACCUCUUCCCUCACCUCAAGGGGUUCCCCGGACUGUGCUCCUGCUGUCCCAUCAAGCCGCCUUCCUUCAGCCCGCUCUCCUCGCUCGGAUCCACUUCACUGGCUAAUCCGUUAUCGUCGUUGACCAAUCAGACACCUUCCCUCGCCUCUCUAGCCAGUCAAACCCCACCGUCGCUAGCUUCGCUAGCCAAUCAGACACCACUGGCUUCCUUGAGCAGUGACCCGCGAAGUUCAAGUGUAGCAGAGCUUCGUCGGAAGGCUCAAGAGCACUCAGCAGCGGUGUUGCAGAGCCUUCACGCAGCUUCCCUUCAUAAUUUGCACCAGUCCCUUCACCAGUCCUCGGCACUCAAUAUUGAGAAUCUCCUCAAAAAUGAUUCCCCAGUCCCGGCGGACAGGGAAAACUCGCAGUAGUAGUGGUAGCAGUAGCAGUAGUAUUAGUAGUAGUAAGGGUGUUACUACUCAGUGACAGAUAUUGCUACUCUCUUAGCUCCUUGUAAUGCGGAUUUGAUAUUAGCCAAAUGAUUUUCAUGCAUUUUAAAUGGCAAGUAGCCAUUACUGACUGCACAGUAAACAUACCAAAGAUAUUAUCAAUGCUGUUAUAUAUAAUAGCGAGGAAUGUAUUCGAGAAAUGUGUGUGUGUGUGUGUUAAAUGCAUGAUAGUCUACUAGUUUAGAAGAUUUAAAAAAUUUUAAAUAUACAAUAAGCGAAUCAAAUUUGUGUCUUUGGAUGGCACAGUGUGAGGUCACACUAGAACAUUUUUCAAAGCUGCACCACAACAAGGAUCUUAGAGAGUACGUGUUAGUGUUUCCAGUACUGUGACAAACUACCUUUUUUUAUUUUUACCUUUUGCAUUUUAUGCGACACAAAAUGUUUAUGAUAAUAUGUGAUUAAGAAAUGCACGUUCGUAAGUUCUGCUAGUGACAACCAAGUGUGGCCAGUACCAGGAGCGGCACACGUGUAUAGUUAUACCUGAUGCUCACACCAGAAAGUAUGCUACAAGUACUAGCUUGUACCACCAGACUCGAAUCUCGCAAAAAUCAUCUGCUAAUACUGUGGGUGGGAAAAGCUGACAGAAUAGUUUAUGAGACAGAUGUUUCAAAAAAUGAUCCCAAUUCCCGUCAAAUUUAUCAUUAUAUAGGGCAGGAAAUGAGGAUAAGGGUAAACCGAAAUAACUCAGUAUGCCCAGGAUUUCGAAAGAAUAAUGAAAAAGUGAAGUGAGUCAGUGUGGCCAUAUAAUACUAUGGCAUACUUUACAUAGGCCUCCUGUGUGCGUUACCACACCAUCUCAUGGCAAACAUGGCAAUAAUAUAUAUUUAAUAGAGUAAG